AUGUUGAAGUUGUGGCUCGGGCUCGCUCUAACGGCUGAUUCAUCGGCGUUAUUUAGGGGAAGCAAUAGUUUUGGGAUGAGUCUAAAAAGGCCAUCGGAGCUCUAUAAACACCUAAGAGUUUCCAAGAGAUAUAUCCUGGGGAAAUCCCAUGAUGACAUAGUGACAUCGCUCCCAAAAGAUGAAGAUGGCCCCGAGCUAGAGUCACGACUUCAAUUCCAUAAGCAAUUUAUGAUAGGAGCACAAAGUAACAGAGCGGGGUUAGGAUCAAAUAGGAAAGUCCAAGAUGCGGAUAUAUUGAAGUCUUUUAUUCGGCAAGACGAGAAUGAUAAAUAUAAGAUCCAUGCAAUGAAUUUAGAAAUGCAGAACGAGUGGUUAGACAUAGGAGAUUUUUGCAUCCCAUUAGCAUUAAAAUGGCGCACUUUAAUUUAUGAUUGGUCGCCAGCAUUGCUAAAAUUCUAUCUCAAUGCGUUCCAGAUGACUCUCCCAGAUCAGAGUAAUUUAGUAAGAUGGGGUAAAAGUACCGAAAAAACUUGCUAUAUCUGUGGAAAGGCAGUUGGAACUGCUAAGCAUCUGCUGGUGGGAUGUAAGGUACUCCUGGACAGCGGUCAAUACUCGCGUCGUCACGAUAGGGUUCUAGAAGUCAUACGUGAAGCGGUUAGUCUUUCGGUAGCUAGAGCGCAAAAGGAAAUAACCACAAACGAACGAUCAGUAGGUUUUGUGAGAGAAGGCACUAGGGCUACAAAAUCAAACGUCAAGCCUUACUCCAUCCUUAAAGCGGCGUCGGAUUGGACUAUAAUGAUGGACACGUAUGAAAAGCAAUAUAAAAUCCCCGAGGAUAUUUGUGCGUCGGUCUCCAGACCAGAUAUAUUUUUGUUUUCGCGAAUUCUAAAGCGCGUAGUGAUGAUAGAGCUUACGGUCCCUUGGGAAACCAACAUCCCCAAAGACCAUACCAUCAAGGUCAACAAAUAUUACGAGCUCACAAACGAACUCACUCGAAAUAGGUUCGUAGUAGAUUUGUACGCGGUAGAGGUGGGAGCGAGAGGUAUAACAGCGAAAUCUCUCUACAACCUACUAAAGGACUUGGGCUUGUCCAGAACUCACAUUAAUGCAUUCUUGGAACGUAUAUCGAAGGCAGCCCUAGUAGGUUCUUUUCAAAUUUGGUUAGGUAGGGAGAGGAGCUUGGACAGUGGAGGUGAGCGUAUAACGCGCGUUAGUUAA